CCCAAAUUGCAAGAGGGAGCAGCAGAGACUAGUAGUGAGCUCAGGAAAUCAGGUAUGGCGAACAACGCAGACGUCGAAGCCGUCGACUUUGAGCCCGAGGACGAUGACCUCAUGGACGAGGACGGCGCCAUCGACGCCGACCCCUCCGCCUCCCCACGUGCAGCACCACCCCACAAGCUCAAGUCUGCUAUCACCGGCGCCGCCUCCGCUUCUCUCUCCGCUCCUAAGAAGACCAAAGGCCGCGGCUUCCGUGAAGAUCGCAACACCGAGCGCAGCACCCGCCUCGCCGUCUCUGACUUGGACGCCCUCCGUGCUCUUGACGGCCUUGAGCCCCAGCGAUCCAUCGAGGGAUGGAUUAUUCUGGUUACCGGAAUCCAUGAGGAGGCACAAGAAGAAGAUCUGCUUGCUAUAUUUGGUGAAUAUGGGGAAAUAAAGAAUUUGCAUUUAAAUCUUGAUCGCCGUACUGGAUUUGUCAAGGGGUAUGCUCUUAUUGAAUAUGAGAAUUUUUCGGAGGCGCAAGCUGCAAUAUCCAAAAUGGACGGAGACAAUGUGCUUACACAGGUUGUUAAUGUUGACUGGGCCUUUAGCAAUGGAUCCUUCCUUGAUGGGUCAAAAAAGAAGAACCCAAGACAACUACGAGAUCGUCGCUCAAGGAGUCCUCAUAGGGAGAGGAGAUUCUAAUGUGACAUGCAUGGUAUUGUGAGGAGGUCUGGAUUUUGAGCAAUGAGUAGUGAUACUUUAUCAUCAAGUGUGAGAUUUAGGUUGAUGUGUGCAAUUUUCGCCUAUUUUCUAUUUACGGAUUAAUCUCAAUUUGCCAAGGAGCCCUCAGUAUCUGCUUCAGUUCAGCUGUGGUUUAUUAAGUACUGUUUCUUUGUUUAGGGAUUUUUCUCCUAUUAACAUGAUGCUGUUUUUCAGUUGUGAUUCACUUUCUGAUUAUAAAGAUGUUGAGACCAUAACUUUGUAAUUUUAAUGUAGAUCAAUCUUCUUCA